GCAUCAUCCAUCUCUCCGGAUCAGAUCAGAUGCUGUGAUGAUGUGAUGCCCCUUAGCCGUCUGGAUCCCCACCUGCUCCACCAGGGCUCAACAGGAAGUGACAGCAUUAAUGGUGAUGAGAGAAGAAAUGGAAAUAAAUAACUACCAAGUGAGGAUGAUGCAGAGCGGAGGGAUGCUGGAGACAUGAGCACGUCCAUCACAUUUCGAUGGAGUCCUCUUUCAACGCCGUAGAGCUCCGGGAGCUGCGGGGCGGAGGAGGCCGGCGAGGCGUGUCUCCGACGCCGGCCUCAGUGUGCUGCGCCGCCCGGGGCUUUGAGAACGCCUCCUACCAGCAGGACGAGGAGCAUGAGCAACGCCAGCAGGGGGCGACUGUGCCGGCCGGUUGUCCACCCUCAACUUCAGGCAACGCCAAGGCGGAGCAGCAACAGCAUCAGGAGCUCUCUCCGCAGUCCUACGAUGAGGAGGAAGGAGGCGGCGGUCAGGAGGAUGGCCAGGACUUCACCGAGUUCAACCCCGCCGACGACCACUCCGCCGACUACGGCUUCAUCUUUGCCCUGGUGUUCCUGGUGAGCGGGAUCGUCCUGGUGGUCAUCGCCUACACCAUCCCCCGGGAGGCCAAAGUGGACCCGGACUCCGUGUCGGCCCGCCAGAUGGAGAAGCUGGAGAUGUACUACGCCCAGCUGGGCUCCCACUUGGACAAGUGCAUCAUCGCGGGCCUGGGCUUGCUGACGCUGGGGGGGAUGUUCCUGUCCGUGCUGCUCAUGGUGUCCAUCUGCCGGGGCGAGAUGUACCGACGCAGGGCGGCGUUUGUCCGACCCAAGAGGACUUACGGCUCCAUCAACCUGAGGAUGAAGCAGCUGGCCACCGGAGAGGCGGGAGGAGGAGGCGGCGAGGCCGGGGACGGAGGCGAGGAGUUCUUGGUGGAACAUGCAGAGACGACGAGGAGUAACAUACAGCCGGGUCCGAGCCGGGACUCCAAAUCAGAACCAGGACCGAGCAGGAAUCCUCCUCCUCCUCCUGCUGCUGCUGCUUCGUCCUCCUCUUCCUCACAUGGAGUCAACUAACUUCCACUCCAGCCUUCCUCUGAGUGAGCUGCAAAAUGGGGAUGCAAAAUGGUGCAGGCCCCCCUAUUUGUGCUGAGAGGAGAAGCACAUGUGGAGCACAAGGCUCUCUGCCGGAGCAACCCGGCUCUGACCCAGGUUUGACCAGCUUUGACCCGGCUUUGACCCGGCUUUGACCCGGCUCUGACCUGGCGUUUCUGGGAUAUUUAUUCUGACCAAUCAUAACGGAUGUAUAACUAAUCAAAGAGGGCUCGACCCGGUAGAAGAAGAGAGGUAAGCUGAUGUUGAUACGAGCACAUCUGGAGGUGAAUGGUUGAAGAUUACAGUUCAAUAUAAAUCAGAAUAUAUUAAUCAGAGUUUAACGAUAAAAAGCACAUUGUGUCCCACGGCCCCGGAGGCUCGUCGCCACUUUCUUUACCAAGUCCAGUACAGAAGUUCAACAUUUAAACCCCAUUAAUCACAUUAACAUCUCUGUCACUGACUCGUCACUGGAAGUCUAUUAGACGUUACAGUAUUUGUGUUAUUAAAUGAAGCCUGAUGGAAAGUGUGAUGCUGGCAACAUUUUAGACUCUCUAGUGAGAUAUUUAUACUCUCGAUAACAGUAAAGAAGAUCAAAUAAUCAUCAAACUGUGUCACUCUCCUGUAUGAAACUAAAUAAAAGACAAAUUUAAACCUGCAUUAAGCAAUAAUAUAUUUGAUUGAUUAAAAUGACUGUUUAAUGUAAAAGAACCGCUCAGUAUCAACAUGAAACUCUGCAGCUUUUAGCAGCUUUUAGCAGCUCACUGUUUUGGUUCUUUUGGUUAUAUCCUGACUCCUUCCACCCCCUAAUAUUACGCAUUAUUGUCAUAAUAUUAUGACUUUAAUCUCUAAAUAUUAUGUUUUGUUUUUCUCAAAAUGUAGCCGAUUCUUAUUGUAAUUAAUGAAAUAUUAAUCUCAAUAUUUUAGUAGCCGUGAAGGUGCUUUCAGACAGCGAGUGGCUGCAUUCAGAGUUCAUGAUGGUUCAGCUUUUUCAACUGGCGGCUCCUGUUAACAGUUAGCAACACAUUAGCAUGAGAAGCCAUUUGGUACGCUACAUGUUAGCAGCUUUUUUCAAUGAAAAGAGCCAAUCUGUUCAAAAUGUACCUUAAAGGGAGAUUUGUAUUUAAUCCUCUUAUCAACAUGGGGGUGGGCAAAUAUGCUGCUUUAUGCAAAUGUAUGUAUAUAUCUACUAUUGGAAAUCAAUUAACAACACAAACCAAAAACAUAGCUGCAUUUCUUGCAAAAGAUUGCUUAAAAGUUAUUAAAUCCAGCCCCUCCUUUUGGUAAAAAUACAAUGCUUAAUGCAGUUUUAAUAUUUGACUUUUUUAAAAACAUUCGGCUGUUUGUUUUUUCAACGGAUUGAUCAGCUUUAAUGUAAUGUAAUGUAACAUUACUUCAGCUUCUCACCUGAUUUGUUAGGCAGUAAUCAUUCUCGUCCAUGAAGUUGGAGACACAGGAGAUAAAAUAGAUUUAAUCACUGCGUCUUUGUUGCAAAUCAAUUCUGAUUUUAUCACAUUGGGAAAAAAAACUACCAAACCCAGGAAUGUUUCUAUCAGGUCGAAUCAUCUCUGGUAGUUCAGUUGAGAGUGGACACGUGUUCAAAGGCGAUUCUCAGACAGCUGGACAAGACGCAACAAAACUAGAGGAGAAAAUCAACGCUGCUGGUGGCAGGAGGCCAGAAACGAAUGUUGAUCCAACGUCACAAUGAAAUAUUAAUAACCCACAACUCCAAAUUAUUAAUGUCACAUAUCCAACGUGCCACACUGCGUAACUGUGCCAGAAACUGUUGCCUCAUGUUCACCGAUCAUCAGCAUCACAGAGGGAAUCUAAUCGUAUGAAUGAUUCUAUUUAUGGGACAUUUAAAGGUGACAACAAUAAAACUAGCCACCGUGCUACAUGCUAGUCGCUGCGGUCGUAAGAAAACCUCCCAGUUCAGCUACUGUGACUUCCUCACUCCAUAAACACUAUACAAAAUAACACAAACAGCUGAUUCAGUUCAAAGGAACCAACAUGGAGAGUUUUCUAUCUGACUGUAGACGAAUGAACCUUUAAUGACACAGCGGCGUCUUUGUAUUAUAUGUAAACAGAAGUUAUUUAAGUCAUGUAAGGAUACGAUACGCCUUAACCAGUAAACACACACACUGUAAAUUAUGUAUAAGCAAAUAUUAUUAUGCUAAUGUAUUAAGGUCUGUAUAGUGAGCCAAUUAGCCAAGGGUAAUGUAGCCACACACACAUUAAUAUAUAUAACAUGUCCUGUGAGGACAUCUCCAGUGUAACUUAAUAUACAUUCACACUGACAUACUAAUCAAGCUGUUUAUUCAAAUAUGUACCACAUCUUUAUUUCGCAGUACAAAUAUACUGUAAAUAAAUACUACAUAUAGUAGACGCGCCACUCAGAAACACAACGCAGGUAUGAAGAAGCUCAUCACCACUUUAUUUCUGUUUGAUCAAAACAAAUCAAACCGAGCCGUCGAACAACAGCUGAGCAAUAUUCACAUGAAUUAAAUAAACAACUCAUAAAAGAAAUAGAAUUGAUUAGUUAGACAAUAUUAGGGCUGCAACUAAUGAUUUUAUUCAUUGUAGAUUAAUUGUUUGGUUCGUAAAAUAUCAGAACAUUUGACAAAAUUAAUAAAAAAGCUUGUUUUGUCUGACCAACUCUACAAAAGAAAAAGAAAACCAGCAAAUAUCCUCAUUCUAGUGACUGGAACCAGUGACUUUUUGGCUUUUCUGCUUUAGAACAAAUACUUGAUUUUCAAAAUAGUUGCCGAUCAGUUUUCUGUCGAUUGAUUAAUGGAUUCAUUGACUAAUCGUUGCAGCUCUAGUAGAUCAAAUGCUAACUGUAAAUUAUAUAAUAAUUGAUUAUUAAAAAGAGGCACACCAAGCUUCACUAAAAUUCUGCAGGAAAUUAAGAAAUGUAUUAAAUUUCACCAAGAAUGAAUUCACUUUGUGAUCACGUGUUAGAAGCAGCAGACUGUCGGUUAAAUUAAAGAAUAUAAUGAAAUGAUUGAUAUUGGUCAGUCCUGUUCUGUAGUCUCUGGUGUUACUGGACAGUCACAGGUUUGAUUCCCUCGCUGCAGUCCGUCUCUGCUGAGGUGUCCUUGAGUAAGAAAAGAUCCUUUCUGGCUGCUUCGGGUGCGUUUGAGACGCAGCUUCACGUUUGGACUCGAUGCUGUGAGAGCACGUUUGGUGGAAACGUUUGAGACAAAAGAAAAACAGCAAAUGUCUAAAAGACGCCGUUUGCCUCCAGAUUCCUACCGACAGUCAACGGUGGUUUCUUUUUUUUAUUUUAUUUAAAAUGUAAAGUUUAAAACUUAAAUGUCACCAUUUGCUGCACCGUAUCAGAUUAUAGCUUUAAGCUAAUUUGCAUCUAAAAACAGAGCCGUCCUGCCUCCUCAACCCGGUCUCACAGGAAGACGUAUAAAUAACGUAUAUAUUAGUGCAUUUUACAACUUUUAAGACCUAAUGAUAUAAAAAAGGGCUAUUAGAGUGUUCAU